AUGAUCAUUAAUAAUUCAUUCUUCUUAUUGUUAUUAUUCCUAAUCUUUCCAUCAUUUAACUUUGCCUUCAAUCCUCAAGAUGAUGAUCCAGCAAUCUUAACCCUUGAAAGAGGCGUAGUAUGUGUUCCAAUUGUUCAAAAAUCAAAAAGUUCCAAACCAAAUAUUCAUAUCUAUGUUGAUCAUAUAUUAACCACUGAUCAAACAUUAACUGAUACUUUAAGAUUCCCGGUAUUUAUCUUUAGAGCUUUAGAUAUUGAUCAAUUUGAUAAUAUGCCUGAUCAAAAUAAAUUCUAUGAAUUAUACUCAAAAAAUAAAAAUCAAUUAUAUAAAGAUCUUCACAUAGAUUCAGAUAAAGCUGAAUUCGUUAUUGGUGAUAAAGUUGAUAAAUCUCGUUAUUGGAAUGGUUUCAUUACUUUAGAUCAUGGUAUUAAACAAGAAUCUCAAAACGUAGAUGUUCAAUUUAAUGCCCCUGAAACUGGGAUUUAUUGUGUUUAUAUUGCUCCUCCAAUUAUACCUGAAUUAAAAUCAAUAACCGUUCCAGUUAAUUUUGUUAAUGGAUAUGGUAAUUUAAGUUUUUUGAAUUAUGAACAUUAUAAAACUUUAAGAUGGUUAAUUUUAAUAAGUAUUAUAUUAUUUGUUGCCAUGUUUAAACAUAUUCUUAAAUUUGUUGAUGAUCAAGAUUUCAAAAAUUUAAAUCAAAUUUCAAUAAUUUCAAAAGGGAUAAUCAUAUAUGUUAUCCCACCAUUAUUCGCGGUAUCAGUAUUUGAAUAUUUAAUAUUAUUUAUUAGGAAUAGGUAUAUAUCCUUCCAUACUCAACUCGCUUCAACUUUUACAAGUUUAUUCCUCAUCAAAUUACCGUUAUUCAUUACUGCUUCAUUUUUUGUUUAUACCAAAUUCAUCGUGUUAUUGUUUGCAAUGGGAUAUGGAGUCAUAUAUUAUCAUAGUGGUAAUUCAAGCAGAUAUAGGAAAUUCCCAGAACGUAGAUUCACAAUUGCAUUACUGUUAUUAAUCACAAACUUAAUCCUCGUGGCCGCAUUUGCAUUAUUUUAUACCGAAACCUUAGAUAAGCAUCCGUAUCCAUUCAUUAUCCAGAUGACGUCAGAUAUAAUCUUUAACAUUACCAAAAAAGAACCCUCAUCCACCUCGCCUGCUUAUUCCACCACCGUGGGAAAAUCAGCAUUCCUUGUUUUAGUACUGUUCUUAAUUCAGAUAUUAAGUCUCGUCUGGAUGGUCCUUUCAAUGGUCUAUUAUUUCGUCACCAAACGAACCAUUGCCCAAUUCCCACCGGUACCCUCAUCCGCGCCAAACUCAACCGAUAAAGUCAUCCGAGCAUUCAGAUUAUCAAUGUGGGUCAUCUUUGGACUCCCAGUAUUAGUUGGUGCUCUCUUUAUAUUUGGUUCCGUCUGGAAAUUGAGUCAAAAUUUAGAUUUAGAUGCUUUAUCACCCGAUUCUCCACCACCGGCAAAUGGUCCCGAAUUAUUUAGUUGGAUGUUUAAGAUUUGGGAAGCUGCUGAAUUUAAGGGGAAUUUCUUCUUAUUCCAGAUUUGGGGUGAUUAUUUAUCGGUGAUUUUAUUUAUUGGAUUGAUGUUUAUGAUUUGGGUUAAGGAAAAUAAUGGAUUAGUGGUGGAUUCUGGAGCUGAUGACCCAAUUGAAUAUGCUGAUGUAUCGGAAUUUGAAAUUAAUGAUGAUGAUUAG